GACCAAUAUGGCCCCUUACUUAAAGGAGGGUAACGCAAUUUUAGAAAAAUACGAAACCCUAAAAGCGCCUCAGGCGGGACCAAGAAAAUAUCAAAUAAUUUAUCGGAAUUUAAUUACGUUUGGAUAUGGACACGUCGCGGCAUUGUAUGGACUAUACCUGUGCUUCACCUCGGCUAAAUGGGCUACUAUUCUUCUUGGAUACAUGUUGUUCAUCGUAAGUGAACUCGGCAUCACAGCGGGCGCUCACAGACUGUGGGCACACAAGACUUACAAAGCCAAGCUGCCUCUGGAAAUUCUCCUAAUGGUGUUCAACUCAAUUGCCUUUCAAAACACUGCCGUCACCUGGGUGAAGGACCACCGCGCUCACCACAAGUACAGCGACACCGAUGCAGACCCUCACAACGCCACGAGAGGACUCUUCUACUCACACAUCGGGUGGCUACUAGUCAAGAAACACCCCGAAGUCAUUAAACGCGGAAAACAAAUCGAUUACAGCGAUAUAUGUAACAAUCCUGUACUGAGGUUCCAGAAAAAGUAUGCGGUCCCGUUCAUCGGGACCAUGUGCUUCGUGCUUCCGACUGUGGUACCAAUGUACUUUUGGGGGGAGAGCCUGAGGAACGCGUGGCAUGUCAACCUGCUUCGGUACGCGCUCAGCCUCCAUGCCACGUUCCUAGUUAACAGCGCCGCGCACUACUGGGGCACCAAACCUUACGAUAAGAACCUAGUUGCGUCACAAAACGUGUCCGUCUCUCUGUUGACGAGCGGCGAAGGAUACCACAACUACCACCAUGCGUUCCCAUGGGACUACCGCGCCGCCGAAUUAGGCAACAACUUCGUCAACUUGACGACGAAGUUUAUAGAUUUCUUCGCCUGGAUUGGCUGGGCUUACGACCUUAAGACGGUCCCUAAGGACUUGGUUAUAAGCCGCAUGAAAAGAACCGGCGACGGUACCUCCCUAUGGGGUUGGGGUGAGAAAUAUGACGGAAAACGAAUGAAACGCUAACUCUGACGUAUUACACGAAAAGUUUUAAGUUAAAUGUCAGCUACUAAAAUACAAUAUAGCCGUUUAACAUAGGUAACAAAACAUUAAAAGAAAUGAACUGAUUUUGUUGUUCAACACCAUUAAUGUAAAUAUUCCUAAUGUAGCUACUUAUCUACUUAAUAGAUAUAUAUUUUACUACAUACCUACAUAGUAGUAUUCAUGAAAAAUAUCACAGGAAAAAUAAUCACAUCCAAGUAUUAGAAAGUAGGUAAGUACUUAAGUACUUUCCUGCAUAUUUCCCUCAGAAGAUAAGAUUUACUAAUGGGUUUUUACUAACCUUAUAAAACCACAUGUUAAAAUGGAAUUAAGUAUAAGCCUAAUUUCAUAAAACAAACAAACAUGCAUUAUGUGUAUGAAUUGGCAUUUAAUUGAUGUACAAUAAAUUUUGAAUUAAGUUUAUAUUGUAAUGGGUUUAAUAAAGUGCUGCAAAUAAUCAAAAUCAUAUA